AUUUAAUGUCAUGGCCAAACUGAUUGAUGGAUUGAAAAUUGUUUCAAAACAUAAAUAAAUGGUGUAAAAGAUUAAAUAAAAUACAAAACAUAACAAAAUGAUUAUCGUUACCUAAAUAAUAUCGUUAUUUACUGAAAAAAGCAAGAAAAAUUGGGGGUUGGAAAGGAAGUGUAUAAAAAACAAUGCAUCCGAAAUCACAGGCGCAGACCAAUGUUUAUCAAAAUCCUUAUUUUGAUUAUCGUCGUCGGAGUACUUUAUAAAUUCUUGCGGUCCCACGGCUGCGGCACGUCGUGCCAGAGGUCGCUGCGCGCAGUGGACCCUUCCACUAUCUGCCACUGCGCGUGCGCAACGUGCCCCUGCUCGCCGUUACAGGCCUUCGAUUUUAUCCCGAAGACAUUGGAGGACUAUUAUAAUAAAGGAAAAAAUCGCAUAAGGGAGUUACAGAUACAGAAUGCUCCAAGACGACCCAUUGAAUCUAGGAUUGGCGAAACAAGAAGUGAACAAUACUCAUCGAUCACGCUGACGUCACCCUUAGUGAUUGAGGAGUCCCAUCGGGCUUCGCACCACAAUUUCGAGCCCCCUUUUUCCACGCUGGAGGCCGACAGAGGCCGUAGAGAAUCUACACCUUCAACGAGCAAAAUAGAGGAACCCGCCAGGAUUCCGGCGGUGUGCAAGAAAUGCAAGUCUUUAGGCAUGACUUGUAUGAGAUCCUGUCCCAGAGCUAAGAAUAAUGUUAACACUUCUAGCAACACGGAAUGAAGUUAGUCCGUUUAAGUUGACUUUGCAUCAAUUUAAAUAAAACAAAGUGAGGCAGCGUCAUUUAUGAUGACAUAACCACACUUUGCCAUAGCAAAUGCCAUGUAGAUUUAGCUUGGUCAGACUCUACAGGGUGAAAUUGUUAUGUUUGACCGUACCGAAUAUGUGGGUCAUACUAAACAACUUUUACUGUGGGACCAACCCCGAAAUCGAAAAAAAAUCAGCUGUUCCAUAGAAAACGUUGACGUGUGAUUCACCAAAAUGUAUGAGAUUACAGACCGUGCCGCGUAGCCAACGUUACAAUCGUUAACGCUCCGUAGCGUAGCGUAGUCAUCUCUCUCUAUCACUGUGCGACUGUGACAGUUGCGUUUCGUUCGCAACGGAGCGUGAACGAUAUGCACGUUGGCUACGCGGGCGGGGUUGGCCUUAUAGUAAAAGUUGUUCAGUAUGACCAAUCCACCCCUUAGCGUAUGGUCAAACAUAACAAUUUCACCCUGUAUUAUUUGGCUAAUCAAUAUUGUCAGUGGAAAGUCAGCUAAUUUGAAAAUUUUUGGCGCAAAAGGUUGGUCUGUAUACAAAAUUUAAUUUUCGCGCCUUUUUCUUCUGACAAAUUGGUUAAACUAUAAAAGCCCACAGAUUUUAAUUGCUCAAACUAAACCCAAGAAACUUUAGGUACAAACUUUGGUUUUGAGUUCCUAGUGUAGAUAAAAAAGGCUCAAAUUGUGCAAAAAGAUUGUAACCGCACUUUUAAGAGCGCAAGUAGGUGGCACUGUGUGGCCGCAUACGUUUUUUUUGUAACUGGAUUGUAACAAUAAUUUACUGGAGCGUACAGCGCCAUCUACUGCUCGACGUAUACGUUUAAUAGAACUUCUGUGUCUGUAAGUAGUAACAAGUUAAAAUAAACAUGUAUUGUACUGUA